AGCACAGCGUAAGUAGUAUUUCUGAGCACCGUAAACAUUUUAAACUACUGUGAGUAUGCCUUCAAUUAUAUUAUUUAUGUAACUAUUUUGUAUGUAGCGAAAGCUAUUCGUAUUCAUAUGCAAUUCCAUGGCAGUGAGCUGAGACAAUGCGGGUUGCUAGAAUAGUGGCUAAGCUUAGCAAUAAUUGACAUGAAGGAAUGGUGAUGUGGCUGUUAAAGCUUCUUCGACAGGAAUCGUUAUUUAGUGUAGAAAAGUUGUCUAAAACGGAGAUAUUCAAGGUUUCGAGUAAUGACAGUGAACAACUUGUGUGUUAGUUUCUGUGAUUCAGACAUUUAUAUUCAAUUUAACUAUCUAGCUAAAUGAUGUGGCAAUUGAACGGUCUGUGGGCAAGCCCAUCCAUGAUGACAAACAUUUUCCAUUCCAUAACCCCAGACUCUCCCUACAGUCUGUAGCUUUGUCACUGUGCGUUAUUAAUUUGUUACAACAAUCGAAAGCCUAGUUUUGCAUUAUGUGAGAGGAUUUGUUGUCACUUGUGAAACAGUGCCAUUAACCUUUUAUGUCUAUUUUCUGUCACUGCUAUGUCCCAUGUUGUAUUUUAGCCUACAUCUUUCCUACCUCGGCGUCAGUUACUCUAAUGAAAUCUGGUGUCCCAAAGGGUGAGAACUGCCUUGUAGAUAUGGACUCCAAGGCAGGGGAUCUCUUCAGCGCUGAGCCAGCUGAUGCUGCUGGAGCCGGAGGUGUCAUGGGAAAGUGUGUGCUGUUGUUUUUCUAGCUCUGUCUAUCUGUUAGUUAAUCUGUCUAGUGCAGUGCUCGCCAAUCCUGUUCCUGGAGAGCUACCCACCAGCAGGUUUUUGCUCCAACCCCAGUUGUAACCUCUCUGAUUCAGCUUGUCAACCAGCUAAAUAUUAGAAUCAGGUGAGCUGGAUUAGGGUUGGAGUGAACCUACAGGACGGCUCUCCAGGAACAGGUUUGGAGAGCCCUGGUCUAGUGCCAACAGUCACUAAACCUGGUCCUGGAAAGCUACAGGGCGGGCAAGCUUUUGUUCCAGCCCAGCACUAUCACACCUGAUUCAACUUGAUGAGUUGUAGCACCAUGUAGCUCUCUGGGACCAUUGUUGGUGAUGGGUUUUGGUCCAAAAACAUUUUAUAUACAGUCCUCAUUUCAUGUGUAGUCAUUCUUCUGUGGCUAUUAUUGUGUCUGUAGGACAAUCAAUUGUGAUCUGAAUUUGUCUCAUAUUUUUCUUAAUCUAGCCUACCACUAAAGGAGCUAGAUGGGUCAGUUUGUCCUUUCCCUGUAUUAUGCCUGGCUAUGAUGUGUUGUUGUUCAUUCUGUGUCCAUCAGUCUCUUGGAUUGAUGCUAUACAUUUUUUCCAUCUCCCCAUACCUCUUGUUUAGUUUACCACCCUGGCUUUCUGCCUUGCCUCACAGGCUGUGGCUGCCCAAAGGCCUCUCGGCCGGUGUGGCCAAGGAGUGGUUUGACCGUCGCCGUGCGUCCAUCCGUCCCUGGGCUGGCUUCGUGGAUCACAGGAAGUUCACCAAGCCCCGCAACUUUGGCGAACUGUGCCAGAGGGUGGUGCGCAACUUGGACACCUACAACAGCAACUACACCUUCAUCUUCCUUGGCCUCAUCCUCUACUGCAUGUAAGAGCUGCGGGACAGGAGUUUUUAAAGACACUGUGGUAGUCAGUGAAUAUAAAAACACAGUAAUUACAUAUUGUUUCUAGAUAGACUGCUGCCAGCAGCCUAUUUUAUUUUCAAAUUCAAAAUCUCAGUGGUUCGAAUAGGCCUAGAUCUAUGCUGGAUUGAGUUGAUUUAGAAUCUGUGAUUAUCAAAGAAUAACUCUUUCCCUCUUCCAAUCUCCCCCUCUUUACCUCAGUAUCAGCUCUCCCAUGCUGCUGAUUGCUUUGGCAGUGUUUUUUGGUGCCUUCUACAUCAUCCACCUCAAGUCCCAGGAGUCUAAAUUGGUCGUCUUUGGUGAGUAAAGGAGUCAGGAUCUGUAAGAUGAUUGAUAUGGAGCGAUUUCAAUAACAACAUACAUUUUAUUUGAAUUCCAUAAUUUUACAUUUGUAUUAAGAUAUUGAAUUUGAAUUUAAUAUUUUUUAAAUUUGUAACAAAUUAUUGUAUUUCAUGAUUUGACACUGACUUUAAUAAAUAUUGCAUUGUUUUAAAUUGAAUUGAUUGUUCAAAUUCAAUAUUUAUAUAUUCAGUUUCAAUAUGGUAGAUAUUGCAUUCAUUGUCUGUGUACCAAGUUUACAAGCUUUGAAGUUGAUCAAAGUUUCAUAUAUUCAACUUCUCAGAUGCAUUCAGAUUCAGUUCUCUAAAUUCAGAUUCAAAACCAGAGACAACAUCCUGGUACUUUGCCAGCCAGGAAAGGUAGAGGUUUGAAUCAAACGCUCUCUAUGGUAAACAGAAGCCUCUGGCAGUUUCUGAAGCCAAUGUGGCAUGUUUUAAUGUAUUGUCUUCCUAUGAAUUUGGCUGUAGUGUCUGAACCGUUUUAGCUAUACGCUAUUAUGACCCCAUUCCUGAAAGGUUAGACUCUCUGAAACAUGUACAUGCCUUCUGUUCCCCAAUAUGAUGAUCACAGGCCGCGCAGGAGACGUUAGAAGGGAGUGUCACAAAAAUGUGGCCCCCAUAACAAUAUAGUUUAAUAGCCUGGUCAUAGCCCUUCUAAGGAUAGCCUUUUCACUCCCUAUUUAAUCUUGCUCUUAUGGCUGACUGGGUUCGAACCAGGCCUCCUGCAUGUCACAAGACUGUGUUAGCACACUUAGCUAAAGCCCAUAGGGAUGAGUUCAGGAAGCUAACAUGUCUCCAGCAAGGUUACUCAUCAAAAGAGCGGGGUUCAUCGAACCACCAUGGUUACAUUUAACCCCACUUUGACCUCAUACUGAGAGAUCACAGCACCAAUAUAAUAUGAAUCCCGGUUUCAACUGUACCGGACAGAUGGCAGACAGCGUAUAUGGCGUUGUGUGGUUUGCUGAUCUCAACGUUGUGAACAGAGUGCCCCAUGGUGGCUGUGAGGUUAUGGUAUGGGAAGGCAUAAGCUACUGACAACGAACACAAUUGCAUUUUAUCGAUGGCAAUUUGAAUCCACAGAGAUACUGUGACGAAAUCCUGAGGCCCAUUGUUGUGCCAUUCAUCCGCCGCAAUCACCUCAUGUUUCAGCAAGAUAAUGCACGGCCCCAUGUCGUAAGGAUCUGUACACAAUUCCUGGAAGCUGAAAAUGUCCCAGUUCUUCCAUGGCCUGCAUACUCACCAGACCGACAUGUCACCCAUUGAGCAUUGGGAUGCUCUGGAUCGACGUAUAUGACAACGUGUUCCAGUUCCCGCCAAUAUCCAGCAACUUCGCACAGCCAUUGAAGAGUGGGAAAAUAUUCCACAGGCCACAAUCAACAGCCUGAUCAACUCUAUGUGAAGGAUAUGUGUCGUGCUGCAUGAGGCAAAUGGUGGUCACACCAGAAACUGAUUGAUUUUCUGAUCCACGCCCCUACCUUUUUUUAAAGGUAUCUGUAUUCCCAAUCAUGUGAAAUCCAGAGAUUAGGCCUAAUUUAUUUAUUAAAGUUGACUGAAUUCCUUAUAUAAACUGUUGCUCAAUAAAAUCAAAAAGAAUGUUGCAUGUUCAAUAUUUUUGUUCAGUGUAUAUAUAUAUAUAUAUUGUUUGUGCUUUUCUUUGCCUGCUGUUGCUCUGUAAUAGUCACGUUGUUGUUCAUCUGUAUCAGAAUCCCACAGUUCAUACCUUUCUAACAGUACUAAGCAUGUGUUUGUAGGACUUAUAGUUUAGAAAUCUAAAUAUAUCUAAUGAAGGUAGAUUACCAUUUCUGUCACAAUUGAAGAAGCCCCUUUUCAGUAAAUAACGCAUUGGGUUGGAAUGCUUCAGGAGGGCGGUCACAUGUUUGCUAGGCAGAGGUCCUGAGUGAAUCUCGUUAUGAGCUGAAUCAGGGAAAGGUGGUACUCGUUAAGCAAGCGGUUUACAUGAAUUUCUGGAACUUAUCCCUAUAGGCUUUAGCAAAGUGGGCUUGCGAUGUGCAGGAGACCUGGUUCGAACCCAGUCAGUCUCAAGCGCAAUAUUAAAUAGGGAGUGGAAAGGCUAUUCCUAUGGUGGCCAAAUUGUGCUUUUUGUGGCAUUCCCUUCUAACAUGUCUUGCGCGGCCUGUGAUCAUCAUAGAGGGGACAGAAGGCACGUUCAUGUUCCUAAGAUUUCAGGAAUGGGGUCAUAAUAGCUUAUGGCCAAAACGGUUCAAACGCUAGAGCCAAAUUCAUAGAAAGGAAAUAAAUUCAACAUGCCUGUAGAAUAGCAGACCCAGUGUAUCCAAGGGAGGUGAUAGGUGGGAGUGAGGAGGACCUAUGAUUGUACAAAAACAAUACUUGAAUUUAUUACAGAUGCAGGGUUUCAGGAUACAUGGCUUGUCUCAAACAGUUGUCCAUAUCCCCACCGUUCAGGAUACGAAAACUCACAAAAAUGACGGAUGACAGCGAGUCUAAAGCUCAGCCCCUCAAUAGGAUUCCUACUGCAGCGAAGACUAGGCCUAAAUGCUAAACAGCAUAACUAGGCAUGAACCCUUUUCCAGAUCUAAAGAGAGCCUAACUCGUGCCUUAUUGGGACUAAAGAGAGUAUACCAGAACAGCCUAAAUCAACUGCCUGUACAUACAGGACUUAACAACAAACUGCUGUGGAGCACAUUGUAAAAUGGUGUUCAACCCUGAGCUGAGAGAAAAGGUCGGCACUUAUCCCUUUGCGCCUCAACUCCGCCCACACUUAUUAACCAAUGAGAAUGAGCAUUUAAUUAGAAUAACUUUACUUUGUUAAUUAGACCAGGUAACACUAUGGAACACAUUAUUUAAGUUAAUUGCAUUCAUUAGUUUAAAUUACCAUAUUUAGUCAUGUACAAGACAGAGCUACAUGAAAUAGAACAUGAUUAGAACUACUACUCAGGGAGACUGAAAGCAUGGGUGAACUACACGCUAAUUAUUUAACUCACCACACCUACAGUAACUUAAACCUGAGCAACCAACUCUGUAGCAAACAAUUAAGGUCGAGCACACCUAAACUGGUAGAUAGCUAUGCAUGCUGAUGGACUAUUAUCCAAACCACACAUGUAUAUAGUUAAGCAUUUGAGAUAAUAUUAACUUCAUGAAAUACAUUUUAAGACCCUUUAAAAUGGUGAUGAGGCCAGUUUAAGCUUCAGAAACCUAACUCGUGCCUUACUGGGACUAAAGAGAGUAUACCAGAACAGCCUAAAUCAACCACCAGAAGCUUCUGUUUACCACAGAGAGCGUUUGAUUCAAUCUGUUCUCCUCUACCUUUCCUGCCUGGCAAAGUACCAGGAUGUUGUCUCUGAUUUUGAAUCUGAAUUUAGAGAACUUAAUUUGAAAACUGAAUCUGAAUGCAUCCUAGAAGUUGAAUAUAUGAAACUGAUCAACUUGAAAUAAUAGUUUGUAAACUUGAUACACAGACAAUGAAUGCACUAUCUACCAUAUUGAAAUGGAAAUAUUCUAAUUGAAUAUUCAAUUAAAUUUGAAUAGAAUUUAAAAACGAAAUGCAAUAUUCAAAUGAUGAAUUAUAUGAUUCAAUUUGUGCAUUACAAAUGGAAAAAUAUUCAAUUCAAAUUCAAUAUCCUAAUACAAAUUAAAAAUUAUGGAAUUCAAAUACAAUUUAUGUUGGCACUGAAAUUGCUCCAUAAAUUGGGUGAAUGGUACUUGAAAUCUGAGUGAUUUAAUUUUCUCACAGGAAAAGAGGUGACCGGGCCUCACCAAUUGGGUCUGGCGGGGGCGGUCUCUUUCCCUGUGUUUUGGUUGGCUGGUGCAGGAGCUGCAGUGUUUUGGAUCCUGGGUAAGUUACAACCCCAUCUCACUCUUUACUGUACACAUCAGACCUGGGAUAACUGUAGACUUAGGCCUAGAUAUACUUUGUGGAAUAUAUUUCAAAUUAAUCUUUCUUUGAAGGAGACCAAUUAUUAGGGAUGUAACGAUUCACCGAUAUGCAUCGGUCCCCGAUUCAAAUGUUUAAAAUACCACUGCAUCGGUCCGCGGACCCCAAAUCGAUCCAAAUGUAGUUUGAAUCAGUUAGAAAAUCGAUUCAAACGUUACGAAUUGCAGAUUCACUAACAUAUUUUGCACAUAUUACGUUCUUUCUACCUUCUGAAAGUUCUUCAUAUUUUGAGACAAAUGAUGCGUCCUCUCCUUCAGUGUCGAAUUAAUAAGCAUGUAACUGUGUUGAUAGUGAUUGAUCUACAAGUAAUUUUCCAUGCUGAACAAUCUCAGGGAAUAUCAGUAGCCUUGUCAAACUGCGCACUGUGCCCAGCUUCGCGAGGUACGCGGCCUGUUCCUGAUCUUGCACAUCUAUGGGCUAGAUUGUUAUCUAUGCGCUGUUGAAAAUGGUGUUUUACCAGAAUAAAAGUAAACUACCGGAGACACAACUCAUCUGGCUAUACCUGCUGAACAAGGGUUACAAUAUAUUUUAUUUAGAUUGUUCAAGUUCACCAUCAGCAAUAGUUUUUGUUAGUUUUGCUUUAAACAAUCAGUGUAUAUGGUCAUUUUUACAUAUAUAGGGUGAAGUUGAUAGUUUCAUAGCAAGGAAUCACUUUUGCGAGGCGCACUGCAUGGCCAAAGCGGGAGGAGAAAAGAAGCUCACUUAAUAACUUCCAAAUGGUCAAAACCAUUAGACUUUGAGAUGGGGACAAUUGAGACAUAGUUUGUGUAUGUGUGCCAUUCAGAGGGUGAAUGGACAAGACAAAAAAAUGAAGAGCCUUUGAACGGGGUAUGGUAUAAAACGGGGUGCCAGGCGCACAGAGUUGUGUCAAGAACUGCAACACUGCUGGGUUUUUGACGCUCAACAGUUUCCCAUGUGUAUCAAGAAUGGUCCACCACCCAAAGGACAUCCAGCCAACCUGACACAACUGUGGGAAGCAUUGGAGUCAACAUGGGCCAGCAUCCCUGUGGAAUGCUUUUGACACCUUGUAGAGUCCAUGCCCUGACGAAUUGAGGCUGUUCUGAGGGGAAAAUGGGGGGGGUGCAACUCAAUAUUAGGAUGAUGUUCCUAAUGUUUGGUAUACUUAGUGUAUAUUCAUUGGCUAUGUCAUGGCUAAAUUGUAAACAAUACAUAUUGAUACAUUACUAGCUCAAACACUUAAUCUGCAAAAAUUACAAGUGAGUUAGUGGGUGAGGGUGGGGGUACAGAAAACAUGGGUUACUAAUCUGAUAGUGGGGUGGUAGAUGCCUAGUCUCCCUUAUGGCUCAGAUCAGGUGCCUACAUAGUAUACACCAGGGCUGCCCAACCCUCUUCCUGGAGAUCUACCGUCCUGUGGGUUUUCAGUCCAACCCUAAUUUAACACACCUGAUUCUACUUAUUAGCUGCUCAACAAGACCUUAACUAGCUGAAUCAGAUACGCUAAAUUAGGGUUGGACUGAAAACCUACAGGACAGUAGAUCUCCAGGAAGAGCGUUGGACUGAAAACCUACAGGACAGUAGAUCUCCAGGAAGAGCGUUGGACUGAAAACCUACAGGACAGUAGAUCACCAGGAAGAGGGUUGGGCAGCCCUGGUCUACACCAUUGACAUACAUCAUUCACACAUACCACCCCACCCACCCACCCCCCUCAUGGGCUCCAUCAGCAGCCGGUUUUAAUUUAGAAUGGAAAAUGAAUGUGUUUAUGCAACAAAUGUUAAUGUAUCGCUUCAAUUCAUUCUCUAAUCAAACCGAAUCGUUUCAAAUUAAAACGUACUGUUCCUUUAUCGUAUCGGAGCCCAUGUAUCUAGAUACGUAUCGACUUGAAAGGGAAAGAUGCACGUUCCUACCAAUUAUGAUAGUGAAUAACGUUAAUAUGCUAAAAAUAAACUAUGAAAGUGGAUACGUCACAAAAUGUAAACAUUACUGGGGCCACCUCAUACUUUUGGUGGCAGGAAGCAGUGUCAUAGGAGCAGUAGCUUGCUAACUGUUGUGGCAAAACAAUUUACUUGUACAGAUAAUUCUCUACGGCACCUUCUUUCUUCGCAACAUCCACGCUUCCUAAACUAGCAAUGUGUACAUUUUGGAUCAGAUAACCUUAUUCAGUAACAUGUUUGUUUAGAAUGUGUUUUUCGUAUCAUUUGCUAAGUUUAACCAUUGUGUUUGGCUUCUCAAGAUGGAGCCCUAACUGUAACCUAGGCUUCUACUCUCCUUUUCCCCAGCCUCUCCUAUCUCUUCCAUUUGAUUGACUGUCUCUCUUGUCACUCAGGGGCGACGAUGUUUGUAAUUGGCUCUCACGCUGCCUUCCGAGAGCUGGAGGGAGGAUCGGAAAUGGAGGAGCUCUUCAUGGAGCCUGUGUGAAGGUGUAGAGAGAGGGGAAUCUUUAUAUCUGUGCCAUUAUAGCAUCUGUGACAGCAUGGGCAGUGCCAUUUGAGG